AUGGACUCGUUGGUUCUGCCACCUGAAUGUACCGAGCGCACAAAUAGAGACAUAUUCUUGACUAACACUUUUAAUAUGUCAUUCUUGGAGGACACGGAUUUACAGAGUUCGGAGCCAUUCGAUUGUUCCGUCCAUGGUCCUGCCCUGACAAACGAAACCCUCAAACAUGACUUUGUGAAUGCUAUUAGAUGUGAACAAUCACACAAUCUCUUGGACGCGUACCUCAACCGUCGCCGUACUUGGCCAGACUCGUCUGCGUUGGAGAGACUGCGUACUAUUAAUUGUGUACUUGUCACUCUCAGUCAUCCCAACAGCUCUUCGCCAUCGCUCGAGUUCCGGAUCUCAUUUGCAUCUGUUGAAAAGAAUUUAAUCAGAAACUUCUCCGACAACCAGUUUGCUUGUUAUGGUUUUCUCAAAAUCGUCAAAAGACGAAUUGAAUCGGAUGAUGCCGAGUUAAAGACUGAACUGAAAUCCUACUAUUUAAAAACUGCAUUACUGUGGAUCAGUGAACAGUUAGAACCAAGUAUCUGGACCGACACAAACUUCCUGUAUUGCACGUCGAUUUGUCUGUCAUAUCUUCACCACUGUCUCCGUUCACGGAAUCUUCCACAACUGUUCCAACCAGAGAACAAUCUGGUCGACCACCUGCAGAUUGAAGACUGUGACAGAAUGGCAAAUGCUCUUGAGAAGUACAUUCUUUUUCCGGUAAACGCCAGGAUGUUUAUGAGGUGUUGGUGCGACGAUUCAUUUGACCAACACUUUGACAAACUUUUGGCACGACCACGAAGAAACUUGCAUGAAGGUAUUGCUGACAUUUUGCAAAAGAUAUCCGCUACAAAACUUCAGAUAGACCUGAUAUCCCCUCUUGUUGAGUCCGGCACGAUUUCGUUUUAUCUGCUUGGUUGCACAGUAGCGGCUGAUAGUGUCGUUAGUCGAGUUCUAUAUCAAAUGAUUAUCAGAGAUCUGGACAAUAUCGUAGAACCAGACAUGACAGCGUGUAUCAGAUCACUCCUGUAUCGGCAACUAGCGAGUAUCAUACACAGACAGCCGAGAUUUGUCAGAAAUAACAACAUCUUAGCAGAGGAAUUUUACAAGAAUUCACUAACUAUGGUAUAUCCUAUAAGUGGCUUUGAUGACCAACAACUCUCGGGUAAGACCAACCUUGCCUUGUUUCAUUACCUAAAUGGGGAAUACAAGGACGCCAUGACAGCUCUGUGUGACGUUGAGAAUAUACUGAACCAAGCUGACAUGAACCGAACUUUACUUCUUUACUUCGUCGGUGAGGAUCUCCCACGGCUCUGGCGUGAUCCGUUCCUCACUAAGAUGAUUCAAACACUUUCUGUAGAAGUAGAAGCCCUGCCUGUCAAGUACAACGCAUUAGGUUUUUACAUAUUAGCUAGGUGUAUGGACGAGUUGUACAACAAAGGUGAGAUAUGCAUACAACGAGCGAGACUAGAAAAACUCAAACGCUCUGUGCUGGUGAAUGAGAGGCGACUGUCCGCGUUAGAGAAAUACCAUCGUAUUUACACCGCUCUUAUACUAGACGCUGCUUAUACAGUUAUUACAGAGCUGAUUGCGAAGUUGCACUCUAUGCUUUCUACCUAA